AGCUCCAAUUCAGUCAGCCGUAUUCAAGCGGUCAGAAUCGCAACGAAGCCAUACUUCAUUUGGCUGAUUACCCGAACUCAUCAAUCUGAAGAAAGCCUCCACCGCUGCUUCGAGUCGUGGGUCCGCCUUACCGAGACCAGAGACAACGGCCGUAUGAGGAAACAAAUUGGGAUGCGACAGCCCAUCGAAGACGCUGUCGGCCAUGGAUGCAGGAAGAGUGAAGAGAGAGAGAGAGAGAGAUCGGGGAAGUGGAGUGAGACGAUUUUGCCAAGUUUGACUUAUUCAUCUAUCUCUUCUUCUCCUUCCUCCUCAACGAGAGAGAUGUGCCGUUGGACUCGCUCUCUCAAACUCACUCCCAUCUUUCUCUCCACGUGUAUGCAGGCGCUCCAUUUUCACAAUUUCUCUCCAGAUGCAUGCAGGCGUUCCAUUUUCGUAAUCCAUCCGGAGGACAGCACACGAUGGGGAAUCGGAGGUUCCGGCAGUUCCCGACGAGCGAUGACCAGGAGGACGAGCCGCAUCCUCGGAAGCGAGUCACUCGCCCCUCGAAGAAUCCCGCGGAGAGCGAGGCCAAGUCCAGGAGCAAGCGCCGGAAGCCGGCGAAGCUCGUGGAUGACGACAAGGAUGAGGACGGAUACGGAGGUGAACCUGAGGCUGAUCAGGAGGGCGGGCGAGAGGAGAAGAGUGCAAAGAGUGCGAAGAGGAAGAGGGAGAAGGAAGAGGAAGAGGAGGAGGAGGAGGAGGAGCACGCUGAUGAGGAUGUUAAGGUUGUGGGCCUUCCGUACAAGUCUUCUGGCAACGGGAGCGGGCGGAGGAGGCAUUACCUGGCAUUCGAAUACCAUGGAGAUUACUACAAGCUGGAGGAUACUAUACUUGUCGACCCCGCUGAAACAGAUCAUAAACCAUAUGUGGCUAUUAUCAAGGAUAUUGCACGAACCAAAAAUGAAAACAUGAUGGUUAUUGUGCAAUGGUUCUACCGACCUGAAGAGGCAGAGAUAAAGGGAGGUGAUAGUUGGCAGUCUCAUGACAAUAGAGAACUCUUUUAUAGUUUCCAUCAAGACGAGGUUCCCGUGGAAUCUGUGAUGCACAUGUGUAGGGUACACUUUGUUCCAAUUCACAAGCAACUCCCUAAUCGAAAACAAAGUCUUGGUUUCAUAGUGCAAAAGGUUUAUGACACCUUUGAAAAGAAGUUAUGGGAGUUGACUGACAAGGAUUAUGAAGACAACAAACAACAUGAGAUGGAUAGUCUCGUUCAGAAAGCCUUUCAAUGCCUGGGAGAUCUCCCAGAUAUCGAUACAGAGGAUGCUCAUGCCAAUUAGGAAGAUCAAGUGAAUCGUGUGUUCAACAUAUCAUGCAACAUUGACAUUUCAUUACUUUGCCAUGGACGGUUGACAAAGUGGCUUGUUUGAGGUUAUUCCAAAAGCACGGUGAACAAAUUGGAAGUGUUACAAGCUCAUUCGCCCGAUUGAAACUAGCAUCAGAAUGAAUCCCCAAUAAGGUAGUUCAUCCUAAGCUCCUGUUAACAAAUUCAAGUCAAGGUAGCAGGUAAUGGUUUUUGCUAGAUGCCCAUAAAUUCUGGAUCUGCUCAUCUAAUCAAGAACAAUGUACUUGAACACAUCUUAUAUGGUGUUUUAGGAUGCUGCCACGAACCUCUGUUCUAAGGUUUCGUACAUAACAUACAACUACGAGAUUUGUUGAUAAAGAUCUGAACUUUUAGUUCCAUCUUUAUAAGGUGAAUUUUGUGUUUCCAGUAUCUAUGGUUCCUAUGGCAUUUCAUCCUUUGACCUUAGCUUGGUUAAUAAUAACAUUUCUUAAUUGCUGCAACCAUAUGGAUUAAAUGUUGGCCCAUCAGAGAGGGGCACAAUACUUAAGGGUUUGGACUUGGGUGCUCAAGGCAUGCGAGUAGGAAGCCAGAGGCUACUAAUAGUUCCGCCCCGAGCUAGCCUAUGGAAGCAAAGGGGUUGAGGAGAUCCCGCCAAAUGCAACAAUAGAGCUAGAAUUUCCGCAAAGAAGAUCAUUCAUUGAUUGCACCAGCUCGGUCAUCAAUAAUACCCCCUUCGGAAGGAAAUCCUGCCUUUGUUUGGUACCCACCGGAUUUAUUCAUUGUUUACCAACUUCAGCCGUUGAUUCCAAUGCCCAUUGCCUACACACCAUCAUAAUUGCCCGUGGAAAUGCCCCCGUCUAAGGUCUUUUGGCUCACAUCAGAAUCGAAUUACUUCAUAUGGGAAAGUUUCGUUGUUUCAAGGUAUCGAGGCCAUCUUUAAAUGGAAAGUCUCACAUUCAUCUGAGUACGACUCCAAAGACGAACCGAACUAUGAUUGAAAGAAAAUGUCACUGCAUAGUGCAAUUUGGGUUGGGAAUGGCUAGAAAGUUUCAUGUCAUGCCAACGCUACUAUUGA